AUGGAUCGAGAGGAGAGUAAUUUGUCGCUAGCAGAAUACAAACCGUUCAAUUACAGGGUAGUGAAUGGUUCAGGUAAUAUUCAUCAUCAAACGACGUCAGGUUGGCUCGAAAUUCGGCUGUUCUACGUCCGAAUCACGCCGUGCGCCGUGAACACCGUGCCGGAACAUUUAACGCUGCGGAACCUACGCCGUGAAAUCGGCGUGUCACUCGAGAUUAAUGGAUUUAGGGUUCCGUCAGCUAACACUGCUUUAGUAACGUUACGAAGGGACCGUGUCGACAAGGAGUCGUCGGAAGUGACGUAUGUUAGCACCGAUAAUAUUAGGGUCACUGGGGCGAUUGAAUUUGAGGUGAUUGAAAACGAAGGAGAUGACAGGGAGAUGAUCUUGUGUGGGUCUUUGGAGAGGAUCGAACCAACUUGGAGCAAUGGGAGUUUAGAUAACGGCAAUACUCAUACUCAUCAUCAUCACAAUCACAAUAACAACGGAUCAAAAACAGGAUGUUGCUCCUCUGUACCAGUCAUAUUGACCAAAACUAUUCAAGUUAGUCCCCGGAGACGCGGUGGUUCAAGACAUGGGAUGCUACAUGCUAUUCCGGAGGAUGAAGAAGAAGUCGAUAAGGAACCUUUGAGGGACAAUGGGGUUCUCCGGCAACGCAAAUUACCGCAGCAUACAGCAGGGGAAGAAGCCGAUGGGUAUGAAUCAGAAGGUAAAGUAGUGCCAAGCUACUAUUCAGAGGAGAUGUAUUACGAUGAAGAUGGGCAGCUUACAUGGUUCAAUGCGGGUGUAAGAGUUGGAGUCGGAAUUGGCCUCGGAAUGUGUCUCGGAAUCGGCAUUGGUGUCGGAUUGCUCAUGCGCUCAUAUCAAGCAACCACACGGAAUUUCAGGAGGCGAUUCUUUUGAGGUUUUUCUCACUUCCCACAUCUUCAAAAAUGGCAAACUAACAUACACUGUACACACUCUGGAUUUUGAAUAUCCAGUAGUAGUCCCUAUAGGGCACAAUCCAAUUCCACCUUCAAAUGGAGCUUCUUUGAGAGACAUAUAUAAAGAUAAAUGGAGCUUUUUUUUGAUAUAUAUACAUAAAGAAGUAAUAGCUCGGAAAAGUAAGUUAAUGCGUUUGCUCGAAAUGUUGUUUUUGUAGAUAGGUUUUUUUCACUCUGAGUUUUGUUUUUAAUGUAUAAUCUCCCUGUGGCACCAUAACCCCUUUGUUUUUGCCAAUGACUUUUCAUUUCUUGUAAUACGUUGUUCUUUCUAUGGAAUCUCAAUCAAUAAUGCACAGUGUUUUUGGG